AUGUUAAUUUCUGAUAGAUUCAGUCAGCCAUUUGUAGAUGGGGUGAACUCAUUUAUUGAAUUUGCAAAGGUUCAUUUGGGUGAGGCUAGGGAGAUUAAGUGCCCAUGCAUCAAUUGUUGUAACUUUUAUAAGCAGGAGUAUGAUAUUGUGAAGGCUCAUUUGCACAUAAGUGGGAUGAUAGUAUCAUACACCACUUGGUUAGAACACGGUGAACUUCCAGAACACAAUAACCUUGAUAAAAGCAAUGGGGAGAAUGAUGAGGAUAAAGAUGAAUAUGAUGAACUGAUAGAGGACUAUCAAAGGGGGAAUUUUAUGGAGGGUGAUACUCUAGAAAGAGAGGAUGUACGACACUUUGAUAAAUUGUUAGAUGCUUCCCAAUGUUGCUUGUACCCAGGUUGCAAAAACUCGGAUACUUUGUUAUCAUUCGUUAUUCAGAUGCUACAUGUGAAGGUAGAAAAUAGGUGGAGCAAUAAGUCUUUUGACAAGGUUUUGGAGAUACAAAGGCGAUUCCUACCAGAACGCCACGUGGUGCCAGGGUCAAUUUACGAGUGCAAGAAGUUACUAUGUGACUUGGGCUUGGGGUACGAGCUCAUCGAUGCAUGUAAACAUAAUUGUGUACUAUUCUGGAAGGAGAAUGCUCACUUGGAAAAAUGUCCCACAUGUCAAGCAUUUAGGUACAGAGUAAAUGAUAGCAAGGGUAAGAAGAUCCCUCACAAGAUAUUGCGUUACUUCCCAUUAACACCUAGGUUGAGAAGAUUGUACAUAUCUAGGAAGACGGCAAAAGACAUGAGAUGGCAUAGUGAUAAGCGUGUGGAUAAUGGUGUAGGGAGGCAUCCGGCUGAUUGUAAAGAGUGGAAGGAAUUUGAUUUGCAUUAUCCAGAGUUUGCCCAGGAGACUCGCAAUGUUAGGCUGGGCCUAGCCACCGAUGGGUUCAAUCCUUUUGGGAACAUGAGCACUUCCUAUAGCAUGUGGCCUGUCAUACUCAUGCCCUAUAACCUCCCACCUUGGAGAUGUAUGAAGGCCCCAUUUUUCAUGAUGUCCUUACUUAUUCCUGGACGUAAUCAACCAGGGACUGAUAUUGAUGUCUACCUAAGGCCGUUGAUUGAUGAGUUGAAGGAGUUAUGGGAGAAUGGUGUGAUGACUUACGAUGCCUCCACUGAACAGACCUUCCGGAUGCAUGCAGCUGUAAUGUGGACCAUAAAUGACUUCCUUGCAUAUGGUGACUUAUCCGGAUGGAGAACUAAAGGUUAUUUGUCUUGCCCUCCUUGUAAUGAUAAUCCGUUGUCACGCGGGUUGAUCAGUAAGAUUGGGUGGGUGGGUCAUCGAGCUUACUUGCCUGAUAACCACCUUUGGAGGAAAGACAAGAAGUUUGAUGGUUUAACUGAGCUUAGAAAGAAAUCCUUAGAUUUACCGAUGGAAAAAGUAAUGGCUCAAUUGGAUCAAUUGCGGGAAGUCAAGUUUGGAAAGGAUCCUACCAACAAGAAAAGACCACGAGAGUCUGAAGAAUUGAAUUGGACAAAGAAAAGCAUAAUGUGGGAGCUACCGUAUUGGAAGAAAUUAAACCUUCGACACAAUCUUGAUGUCAUACACAUUGAGAAGAAUAUUUGUGAAAACUUUUACGGGACGAUGUUGGCCAUAAAUGGGAAAAACAAGGACACAUACAAAGCACGUGAUGAUUUGCAAGAAAUGGGCAUAAGACAAGAAUUGCAUCUACAGAGGAAAGAUAACGGAUCCGUUGUAAAGCCUCGGGCAGCCUACACAUUGGAUUCUCGACAAAUAGAUAGUUUUUGUGAAUUCUUGAAGUCUAUUAGUUAUCCAGAUGGCUAUGCAGCAAACAUCUCAAGAUGUGUGACUUCUAAAAAUGGAAGAUUAUCGGGCAUGAAAAGCCAUGAUUGUCAUGUCCUACUUCAGCGACUUUUACCAAUUGGCAUGCGUGGGUUUGUGAACAAGGAGAUCUGUACAACACUAUUUGAGUUGGGCAACUUCUUCGAAGAACUGUGCUCAAAAACAUUAAGGCAGACUGAUUUGGAAAAAAUGAAGGAACGAAUUGUGCUCAUACUUUGCAAGUUGGAGAAAAUUUUUCCUCCAGCUUUCUUUGAUGUGAUGGUCCAUUUGGCUGUUCACUUGCCCCGUGAGGCCAUGUUUGUUGGACCGGUGCAAUAUCGAUGGAUGUACCUGAUCGAAAGGUUUCUCGGGACUUUGAAAGGGUAUGUCAGUAAUAGAGCACGUCCAGAAGGUUCUAUCGCUGAGGCUUACAUUGUCAAAGAGUGUCUUACUUUUUGUUCAAUGUACUUAAAAGGGAUUGAUAAACCUGAACGAAAUGAUGAUGGUGGUGAACGUGGUCCCGCGAUGGAGAUGAAUGAUUUGCGAACGAAAGGGUCACCUGAAGUAACUGACGAAUUGUGGUCAUUAGCAAAUGGUCCUAGAUCGGUAAGACAAGUAUUCUAUGUCAAUGAUACCAACAACGGCAAAAAUUGGAGAGUCGUUGAACGUGUUAAGCAUCGGGGAGUAUGGAAUAUACCAGAGCGGGAUAAUGUCUCUAAUGAUGCUUUUCAACAGGAUAAAACCACUGAUGGUGUUGGGGUAGUGAUCCAAGUUAAUGAUGUUCAAUACAGCAGGGAUGAUAUGGAUCCGGAGAUCAUGUUCAAUGAUCAACUAAUGGCAGAGAAUUUAGUUCACAAUGAUGAUGAGGAUGACACAAUCAUAGAGUAUAAUGAUGAUGAAGAUGAUGAACUGCAUAGACAACCUGAUGUUGAUGCAGAUCUUGAUAUAGAUCUUGAUAUAGAUUAUGAUAUGUAG